AUGAAGCGAAUUGAGAAGGGUCCCGUUCGUGGUAUCUCUAUCAAGCUUCAAGAGGAAGAGCGUGAGAGGAGAGACAACUACAUGCCUGAAAUCUCCGCUGUCGAUGCCUCCGUCAUUGGACAACUUAAAGUUGACCCGGUCACCAAGCAAAUGUUGGAAUCCAUGUAUGAGCAGCUAAGUAGUUCAGUUGAACCGCAUUUUGCGGCUCAUUAUAAGCUUCGUAGUGAAGAUUAUCGCUCCAAACGUCUUGUUAGAGGUGGCGGUGCCAUUGCUUUGACAAAAAAGAUUGUUGGUGAUUGUUGGGAAGUGCUAUAA